UGCGGCAGCCAAGCGGGCUCGUGCUGCGAUUGAAGACCCGGACGCGUUCGGAUCCCGGACUAUACGGAUAAUGUUGUAACAGUUCGUUUUGAUUUUGUGAAAAUGUGGGGGAUCUGGUGUGCUGUUUUGAUCUAUUUGACUACCUUUCGGUCGACAUGUUACUGCCAGACAGAGAACUUCACAACCCAAGCCCCAUACCCCAUCUACCUUCCCCUCCGCUGCUCCUCCCUAAGACCUGGAGACGUCGAUCUUCAAGCCAUAGAUCUCAUAGCCGUAUACCAGCUGGAUGGGCCCAAUACCACAGGAGUGACCCAGGUCCGAGGGUCUCAGGACAUGCAGAGGGCCUAUAGGAUCAGUGAUGGGGCUAAUUUGACUGUACCUUUAAGAAAUGUCUUCCCAUCCGGUCUUCCCGAUCAGUUCAGUGUGGUAGCCACCUUCAAUGCUAGAAGCCAGAUCAAGCCCUGGAUGAUUGUACGAGCCACUAAGACCCUUCAGUUCUCUCUGACUUUGCUGCCUCGUAUUGAGAAGUUAGCUGUGCUUGUGGAAGGAACUAGACUGAUCUUCGAUUGUGAGAAGUUGUUCAGGCCCGGAUGGCAUAAGUUGCAUGUAGCUGUCACCAAUGAUACGGUCCAUGUAGCCGUUGAUUGUGAGGAGCUAGUGCCACAAAACAUCACGAGCCACAACUUGAAGAAUGCCACGACUCUGUCAAUCAUGGCGCACGAGGACGGAACCCCGGCUGCAGUAGAUCUCCAGUGGUUGUCGAUGUACUGCAGCCGGUAUAAACUGGCCAAAGACAGCUGCGAAGAAAUCGAUGAACCAGCACCUAUAGUGUCUACCGCUUCUCCUCGAUUCUUUCAGUUUGAAGCCGGAGCUGACAGGAUAGAGUUUCCUGCUCUCAAUACCUGUAACCAAUCCUGCCCGCCGGGUCCUAUGGGUCCACCGGGGCCACAGGGAGAACCCGGAAUCAGAGGGUUUACAGGUUUACCCGGUGUACGUGGCACCGAGGGGCCUAUGGGGCCCCCAGGGCCCCCGGGGCCCCAAGGCGAGAGGGGCGAGCGGGGACCACCCGGGGAAGUUACAUCAGGAACCGUAGGGGUAGUCGGCCCGCCAGGAAAACCGGGAAAGUCGGGUCGAAAAGGAGAGAGGGGAGACACAGGACAGAAAGGUGAGCCGGGCGAAGCUGGGCUGACGGGUCUAGGCGGCCUACCAGGAGAAUCAGGCAGGGAUGGUAAACGCGGCUCACCGGGGCCCGAGGGGCCUCGAGGGCUCCCGGGGCCCCCUGGACCUCCAGGCACCGCUGCUAACAUUAACGCUUCACUACUACAAGGUGCCAAAGGUGAGAGAGGGGCACCAGGCAGACGAGGUCUGGAUGGGAGCCCAGGACCCGCCGGCGCCCCAGGGGCUACUGGUGCCACGGGCCCACAGGGGCCACAAGGUCCUGCAGGAGUACCGGGGCCUCCGGGUGUUAUAGGCCUCCCUGGGCCAAGCGGGCCUCGUGGCGAACGAGGCCAAGAUGGAGCACAGGGUCGGGAAGGCCCACGCGGGCUGCCAGGCCCACCAGGCCCUCCAGGCUCCAACGUUGCCCAGGGUGCCACUGUUCCUGGACCACCUGGGCCGCCAGGGACCACUGGUCAGAAAGGUGAACAAGGUUUGCCCGGCGUGCCUGGUACUUCAGGAAUCGACGGCGCCCCGGGCACCCCAGGACAGAGAGGGCCACCUGGUAUUCCGGCUCCAUACAGUUUGAUAUCACAGGCAUCGACAAUAUCCGAAAGUGAAGUAAGAAAUAUUUGCGAAGCCCUUAUAAGAGAUCAUCUUAAGGAAUGGACGCAAGGUCUAUCAGGUCCUCCCGGGCCUCCAGGAGUAGGCAGGAGGGGCCCACCUGGAAAACCUGGAAUCGUUGGUGCACCUGGCGCCCGAGGUGAACCUGGAGAGACCGGGCCUCGCGGGUACCCCGGCGAAACUGGCGACCCCGGCAGGCCGGGCGAGUCCGGGCCUCGUGGUGACAAGGGCGAUAAAGGGGAGAGGGGGGCGGAGGGACGAGGUCUACCAGGCCAGGAGGGUCCGAGGGGUAUCGCAGGUCCUAUUGGCCCACCUGGUCCCGCUGGAAGAACAGGCGACAGAGGAGAGGCUGGCAGAGAAGGGGCUAUGGGCCCGCGAGGGGUGCCCGGACCGCGUGGUUCCUGCGAUUGCCCCACAGCCGCGUUUUACGCGUAUCCACAAGGACUGAACAAAGGACCAUAAACUCACAACACAGCUAUGGACCAUAGACAACGUUACCUCGCACAGUAGAAAAACUAUGAAUAUCUCGUCGGGUGACAAGCAAAAGUCACUAACUAACACCAUUGAAAUUAUUGGAAAAUAAACCGUGUUACAAGUGUAAUAAAGUGCAUUGUUACUUUAAUUUUUUGAUAGUACUUAGUGACUUUUGCUUGUCACCCGACGAAUUGUAGAAUAUUUAUUGUGUAAAGAUUCAUGAACUUGCAUGCAAUAUUCGAUACAUUGCUAAUCGAUAGAUCGGCCAAAUACCGCAAUGUAUCGGAAAUUGCCUGUAUAGGCGUACAUAGUAGGCAUAGUAUCAACACAAUACAAGGUGCCGCGCCGUACUUGAAUGCAUUUUCUAAUGACAUCGUCUGAUCUCCAAUCAGUGGCGUAGCUAGGGGGGGGCGGCGGGGGCGGUCCGCUCCGGGUGUCACCCAUUUAGGGAUGACACCCGACUGUGAAGAUCAGUAGUGCCACCUAUAAGAAUUCGUAAAAUGAAAGCGAUGAAGUAAAUCCUGAGCUAUUUGACAACAAUUACAAUUACUCUUAUGAAAUAUAUUUUACAAUUUUGAUUGAAUUUUGGGGUGACACCCACAAUUUCCGCACCGGGUGCCACCCAUGCUAGCUACGCCACUGUCUCCAAUGUCAUCUUUUGUUAAUAAAUUAAGGUAAACUACUCAAAAAACUGAUAGGUUUACUUAAUGUAAGCUAGUACCGUUUUAAGCUUACGUAGUACGUUAAUCAACAUGAAGGGAGUACCUACAUAAGUAUCAUUGUAUCGAUUUUUUCCUAUCGAUAUUAUUACGAUUCUUUUCCUAUUGGAUUCAUAUAAAAACUCGUCUAAAUCAAUAAAUAAUAUCAAUUUAGAAUAGUAAAUAUAUACUUUUUUUACUAUGAACUUUGUAAUGACCAAGCGUACUUAAUGUAUUAAAGU